GGGCUGCAGAAUGGAGCAUCUCUGAAUGAGCAGGAACGCUUGGUACCUCCCCUCCCCGGCGGACACUGCACCACAGGCGGAGGAGCGCGCGCGUCUGUCCCCUAGACUGGACACUUCUCGAGAAUCUCUGACUUAUGUCCGUUUCAAAGGGCAACGCAUCUUUUCGUCUCUGCUCGUUCACUUUAUGACCAUAUGUUUAAGGAAACUGCACGGAUGCUGGACAUGUGAAGUCACUUUUACGGGAACGGAGUUGGUGUGAGUUUACCACGACUUUGCUGGCUGUGCAGUAUGUGGUGGGAUGGAUGAGGAGGAGCAGAACCGCUAUGUGGCCCAGUUGAAAGCUGAGUUUGACAGCUGUGACAGCACCGGGACCGGUUACCUCGACAAGCAGGAGCUCACUGCCUUAUGCCACAAAUUGAGCUUAGAUGCCCAUCUCCCCUUACUGUUGGACACUCUGCUCGGACCACAACAUUAUGCCAGGGUGAAUUUUGAGGAGUUCAAAGAGGGCUUUGUGGCUGUGCUGUCAAGGUCUUUGGACUUUAGUACUUCAGAGGAGGAAAGCAGUUAUCUUGAACCAGCAGUCCCAGAGGAGGUGAAGCCUAAAUAUGUGAAAGGAACCAAGCGGUACGGGCGGCGAUCACGGCCAGACAAGACUGACUUAGAGCUGACAGCGGACUCAGAAGAUUCACCAAAGUUUGGGACUGAUAAAGUAGAAACAAACGGUGUGAGGAGAGCCAAGCUCAGACGAUCCACCUCACUGGAGAGUGUUGAGAGUCUCAAAUCAGAUGAGGACACAGGAAGCAACAAGGAGUCCACACACCACUACUUUGUGGCACAAGGCCAGUUGAAGCUCUGGAAUCAAGAUGGCACAGGAAGUCCUCAGCGUUCAUCUGACCCUCAGCAGGAAGUGACAGACGGACAGGUGAGGGCAGUAUGGCAGGAGCUGGGGGUCGGAGCCGGAGGAUCACUAAACCGCGAGGAGCUGUCACUCGUCUGUGACCACAUCGGUCUCAAGGACUUACAGUCCAAGGAGUUAGACGCUCUCUUCAGGAAACUAGACAAGGAUCAGGAUGGGAGAGUCAGUCUGAGUGAGUUCCAGAGCGGGCUGUUCACACAACACGAUCACGCUGCUCCCAUCUCUACCUCCACCCCUGCCCGGCCCAAACCACAGCGCUCCAUCUCAAAGGCCCUUGAGGAGCGAGUGGUGCGCUCCACCUCCCCUUCUUUACUGUCGGCUACGGUGGGUCAGAGGCUGCUGACCCGUCUGGAUGAUGGAUCGGGAUGCACAAGCCCAGAUAAAGUCAUCACCCUCUGGACAGAGGAGGGCAUCCACAACAGCAGGGAUAUUCUACAGACUCUGGACUUCUCUCUGGAGGAGCGUCUGUGUCUGGCUGAACUCACUCUGGCUCUGGACAAUGAGUUGCUGGUCAGUGGGAAUGGCAUCCAUCAGGCUGCUCUGGUCUCCUACAAGAAUGAGAUAAACUACUUACAAGUUGUGGCAGACCAGGCUUGUCAGGAGAGGGACAAAGCCAAGGCGGACCUGGAACAGGCUGACCGCCGCAACCUACAGCUGGUCAGAGAGGUGGAUGAUCGCCAUGCGACCAUGGAGUCUCUCAACGAGUCAAAAAUCAAGGGCCUGGAGCAGGAGUUCCGGGAUAAACUUACGGCACUGAGGAGCGAAUCAGAGUAUGAAAGCGAGGUGUUUCUAGAGCAGGAAGAGAAGGAGCGCAAGAGACUCCAGGAGGAGCUAGAACUGCUCAGGGCUCAGGACGUUAGCCUUCAGGAGGACAUUUGCACUGCUGCUAAGGAGAACAGUCGUUUGGAGGAGGAGGUCAGCGUCCUGAAGGAGAAGCUGUCUGAAGCCGAGAGCACCAUCUCUAAACUACAGAAGGAUCUAGAUCAUCUGCUGCAGGACAAGUAUGGUGGCCUUGAUCCAAAUGUCACAGGACUGCUGAAUCAAGAAGAGCACUUCUCCGAGAUCUUUAAGGAGUAUGAGCAGAAGUGCAGGGAGUUGCAAGACAGGAAUGACGAGUUACACUCAGAGCUGGAGUUGUUGAAAUCUCAGGGCUCAGGAAGGAGAGCCAGACGAUCCAGGAGCAGCCUGUCUGGUCAUGACUGGUCAAACCGAAGAUCAUUAACCGCUGAAUCAGAUUCUGAUGAUCCAGAAAUGAAGAAAGGUACAUCACCUCAGGUCAGAAAAAGGCUCCAAGUCACUGACAAAAAUGUUUUAGGUUCCUUGGUGAGUUUGGCUCCCCCUGUGAGCAUCGAGACAGAACUGGCCAUGGAGCAGAUGAAAGAGAAAUACGAGCGAGAGGUCCAGGACUUGAAGAUCCAACUGGAGACUAAGGUGAAUUUCUACGAGCGCAGUAUGGAGCUGAUGCGGCAGAAUAUGGAGGUUGAGCGGAAGGACAUCUCGCAGAGCUUUAAGAUGGAGAUCAGUGAGUUGGAGGACCUGAAGGCUCAGGCAGAGGAGCGUGCAGAGAAAAUGCGUCAGGCUGUUGAGCGGCUGGAAGCAGAGCUGAGGGGUAAGACUUCAGGAGGAGCCUGGGGUCCAGAGCAAGAACGGAGAAUUCAACGGGAACAGGCAGAACUAGAGCAGAACUAUGCUCGUGAGAUCAGUAACAUCGUGCUGCGUCUUACCUCAGAGAAAGAUCAGCUGGAGGCAGAACUCAAGCUCAAGAUGGACCAGGAAGUGCUGCUUGUUAGGGAGAAGGCAGAACAGCAGAUAUUGCACAUGAAGGCACAACACAGCGAGGCUCAGCACAGCCUCCUUCACCAGCUGCACCUCGAGCGCAGCCGUCUGCAGGAGCAAUCCGAGCAGCAUCGCAGAGAAGUUGGUGCAUGGGAGUCAAGAGUCCAGGAGCUGGAACAAGAGGCGCGGCGGGAGCGUCUCCUCAGCACUGAGCGCUGGAGUGAAGAGCAAGCUCAGAUCUGCAGCAGGGUGGCACAGGAGAGGAAGAAACUGGAGGAGGAACACCAGGAGGAAGUCCAGAAGCUAGGAGAACACAUCCAGUUAAUGGAAGCUCAGGUAGAGCUCGCAUCUAGGGCUGAGGAAGAGCUGCUCAUUCUACAAAAACAGCUAGAAGAUAAGCUGGAAGAGAUGUGUGUUCAGCUGGAAGACAACACGGUUUCCAUGAAAGCUCAAGAUGCCCUCAUUCAGCAUCUGACUACAGAACUCCAUGCCAAAGAGAAAGAAAUGGAAAUCAGAAAUGAGAAAGAACAGAAGCUUUGCAAUAAGCUCUCUCAGCUAGAACAAAAGCUUAAAGCUGAAAGAGAAAAGAAGCAGGAGCUUCUGAAGCAGAAGGAGCUACUACAGAAAGAAGCAGACAGAAGUAUUCAAGAUCGAAAGGAGCAACUUGUAAAAGAAAAAGAGAGGGAACAUGAGCUUCUUGACAGAGUUUCUCAGUUGACUAAAGAGUUGGAGAACUGGAGGACCAAAUCUGAGACCUGGCAGAAGGAGAUCAAAAUGAUACAGGGAAGCAGUAGUCAUCUGUCUACUGCAUUUGGUGAGCAGCAAAUACAGCUGAGAGAACAAGAAAAGGAACUUGUGGAGCUUCAAGAAAACUUGGCCAAAACACAUGAGGCUCUGAAAAGCAGAGAUGACGAUCUUACAAGACAGGCUUCUGAGCUAAAUGCUGUGGAGAUGGAGCGGGAUCGACUCAUAGAGGAGCUCAGGGGUCAAUGCGAAGUGCUCAAGCAGCUACAAACGCAGGUCAACAGUCUCUCUGAGGAGUGGGAUCAAAUGCACAUGAUGGAGCAACAACUUCAAGGCUCUCUUUGUGUGGAGCAGGGUAAGGUUGAACAGCUCCAAGGCCGUCUGAACUCAGAGCAAGAAGAGACGAGACGCCUUGAACAAGAGAACUCAAGCUACCGGCAACUUGUAGACCAGCUUUCAUCUCAGAUUGUCGAAAUGGAGGCAGAGUCUACCAAACUCAAAGAGAACGCAGAUAAACUUGCACUGGAACUGCGAAACAAAGACAAUCAAAUGCUGGAACUCAGUCUUCAGCUUGAAGCCAAAGCUGAAGAGAUGGAUUUGCUCUGGAACGAGGUUCAGCUGAAGAUGAACCUGUUUAAGAACAUCACUCAUCUCUCUGGUCAGGUUCAACUUUUGACCAACCAGUUGGAAGACAAAGAGCAAGAGCUGUGCUCUCUGAGGGAAGACACCGAUAAUACCGCCAACCAACUACAGCAAUCGCUGAUGGACUCCCAAACAGAGCUUCAGCAGAUGGAGGAGGCCUUUGAAAGCGAAAAGAGCCAUAUGAAAGAACAGCUUCUGGAGAUGGAGGGACUUGUCAUGGCUUUUGAACAAGAGAUGGCCAAUCCCCACAGGGCUCAAUUUGAUGAGGUCACCUCUGAAAACAGUGCACUGAAAGACAGGCUUGCUGUCUUACAGCAGGAUGUCAAGUCGCUGGAGGAGGAGCUCAACAAAAAGAGGAGGAAACUUGAAGAGAUUGAGAGAGAAUAUAUGAAGAAUCGAGAAGAAGAGGAGGUGCUACGGAAAGAGAAUUCCAAAUUCCGAGAGGAGGUGCUUGACUUCAGCGCAAGAAACCUGCAACUUAGCAAUGAGAACGCUGAACUGAGUUCCCGGCUGUCUACUGAUCAGAGAGCAGUGCAGACGCUGACUGACAGGCUUGCACAGGUGUGUCAGGAGAACGAUGAGGCAGCUGCGGCCUACAAACAGCUGCAGGAAACCCUUCAACAGCAGAAGAGCGACACACUAAAGCUGCAGGAACAGUGGCAGAAAGAGAAGGAGCUUCUAGAGAGGGAGCUUAAAACCACCAAGGAGACGCUCCAGCAUUUGACGGCGGUUGAGUCUGCAUUGAAUAGUCAGACUCAGAAAAACCAAGCACUAGAGCAAGACAAGGAGCGUUUGCUGAAGGAAACGUCAGACAGAGACCAGAAGCUGAUAAAUCUUCAGGAAUCUCUUCACAAAUCAGAAGCCCAGAUCGAGCAGCUCAACUCUCAGAUCUUGACUAUGUGGCAAGAAAAAGAUGUUCACGUUCAGGAGGCAGCCACACAUCAGAAGAUGCUGCAACAGUCUCAGGAAAAGGUCCAGGAGCUUGAGGAGAGCAUACGUCAGUUGCGUAAAGAGAAGGAGCAGUUACAUCAGACACACAGGCUUCAGGAGGAGACGGCAGUCGGUGUCCUGCAGAAGGAGUGCAAGAGUUUGCGACUACAGAACGAGGAACUUCGUAAUAAGGUGGCUCAGCUGCAGGCUCAGGAGCUGGAACUUCAGAGACUGACACAUGAGUGCCUCACUUUGAGGAACAAACAGGCAGAGCUGGAGACCGCUAAACAUGAGGCAGACAAACAGGCAUUAAGGGCAGAUAGUGCUCUGUCGCUGGUCCAGGCCCAGCAUGCACGUGAGGUGCAGGAGCUAAGGGAACAGGUGGGUUCUGGCACUCGGGAGCACUUGGCUCAUCUGCAAACUCAACUGGUGGAGCAACAGCGCAGGACGCAGGAUUUAGAGGAUCUGCUUCGCUCUCAGGCCAAACAGGCCGGUGUUCAGAUGGGACUUCGGCAGGAGCAGUACGAGAAACUGAUGGCAAAUAUGCAGGAGCGUAUGGAUGAGGUUGAGGCCAAACUGAAAAACAGCCGUGUCAUGCUGCAGGAGAAGGUCAACCAGCUAAAAGAACAGCUAGCCAAAAAUGCCAAGUCAGAUCUGCUGCUGAAGGACCUGUAUGUGGAAAACUCUCAGCUCAUGAAGGCUCUUCAGGUGACGGAGCAGAGGCAGAAGAGUGCAGAGAAGAAAUCUUUUCUUUUGGAGGAGAAAGUGAUCGCCCUUAAUAAACUCCUACGUAAAAUUGCCCCAGCGUCCCUCACAGCUUAGACUUGUUUCACUCCAUUAUGAGUCUUUAUUUGUUGUACUGGACUGUGAGGUCCCACCCUUUGGUGCACUUUUGUCUUUUUGGUGCAAAACGUGUUUUUGUAAAAGCAAUCCUAGUGUUAAAAUGAAAGCACAGAUAAUGCAAAGUCUUAGAGUUACUGUAAGAGCAUAUUGUAUUAAAAAUUGUGCUGUUAAGUUAAUUCUCUAGUCUCUUCAGAGGCAAACAAAUACCAAUGAGCAAGACUUUUGUAGAAUGAAAUAGAUCAUUUAUUAAGGACAGAGCAUUACACAUUCCUUCAGUUGUUCACUGUGAUGUAGGGUACAAACCGCAAGCGUUCUUGUAAAUCUGUUGACUUCAAUAUUUUCUACUAAAAAAAAAGGCAGUUUUAAUGCCCAUUGUGAUGCAAUAACCAAAAUGCACAGUAUUCACCCAAUGUACAGUUUUGAUACAAAUACUAUCUUGUAAUUGCACAAUUGUCAAUCAUGAUGCACUAAUGUCCACUUUGAGAUAAGUUAUUGUAAGUGUUGCAGAUGUCUCUUAUGAUGUACACCUCGUUAAAAGAGCUGGCUAACUGUUGGGAGAUGAAAGUGUGACACCACUGUCGUUAAUGCAUCAUGUACCACUGUAAAGAAUGUGACCAAGUAAAGUUUUACCUGUGUA